GCGCCGCUGCUGCCAGCACAGCGGCUGGAGUUGCAGGCCUGCAGAUACCGACAGCACACCGGCCGCACAAUGGGCGCCUCCGCUUCUACUGAGUUUCAGAAGGAGGCAGUGUUUCACAUCAAUGGAAAGAAGUAUCAAGUGGACAACACAGUUCCUGUGGGUACUUCAUUGAACACUUACAUAAGAAAUUAUGCCAACCUCAAAGGAACUAAAGCAAUGUGCCAUGAAGGAGGCUGUGGAACAUGUAUCGUUAUGGUUACGAAGAAACAUCCUGUCAGCAAAAAAGUGGAAUCAUUUGCAGUCAAUUCUUGUUUGAUGCCAGUAUUUUCAUGCCACAACUGUAGGAUAACAACAGUUGAAGGAAUUGGCAAUAAAAAAAUGGGGUAUAAUCCAGUGCAAAAGACACUUGCUGCUUUCAAUGGUACACAGUGUGGGUACUGUUCUCCUGGAAUGGUUAUGAACAUGUACAGUCUGUUGCAGAGGGGAAAAGACAUUUCAAUGGCAGAUGUUGAAAACUCUUUUGGUGGAAAUAUUUGCCGCUGCACUGGGUAUCGCCCAAUACUUGAUGCAUUUAAGUCUCUUUCCUCUGAUGCUUCAACAGAACUUAAAGGCAAAUAUCCAGAUAUUGAGGAUAUAACUCAAAAGAUUUGUGCAAAAAAUGGGAAACCAUGUAAUGAAAAAUGUGCCAAUGACAGUGACACAUGCAGUCAACAGAAUGUGCUCUCGCCACUACAUUUGGAAACACAGUCUUCAGAAUGGUUUAGAGUUGAUAAAAUUGAUGAUAUUUUCAAUAUUCUAGCUACAAAAUCUGAUAAAAAAUACAUGCUUGUAGCGGGCAACACAGCUCACGGUGUAUAUCGAAGGAAACCUGACAUUGAACUAUUCAUCGACAUUAGUGAUGUUGAGGAACUCAAGAAAUUCACCAUUGAUUCAGAGAUAACAAUUGGUGGAAAUAUGUCUCUCACUGAAGUUAUGGAGCUAUUUUAUGAUAUUUCAAAAUCAAACAAAAAUUUUAGCUACACCAAAAUGCUUGCAGAUCACAUAGACCUCGUGGCAAAUGUUCCAAUUAGAAAUGCAGGAACAGUUGCUGGAAAUCUGUCAAUUAAACACAUGUACCAAGAGUUUCCAUCUGAUAUUUUUCUCAUUCUGGAAGCUGCAGAUGCUAGGAUCAAUAUAGCUGACAAGAAUGGAGGUCAAAUUUCUGUCAGUCCAGCAGAGUAUUUGAAAACUGACAUGAACCACAAAAUUAUUAAAAGUAUAACAUUGCCAUCCCAUGAUGACAAUUACUAUUUCAAGACAUAUAAGAUCAUGCCAAGAGCACAAAAUGCUCAUGCCCAUGUAAAUGCUGGGUUUCUAUUCAAAUUGGACAUGAAGAAUGUGGGAAAAGUAAUUUCAAAACCAAGAAUUGUGUUUGGUGGAAUCAGUCAUGAUCUGAUACAUGCUACAGAGUUAGAAAAGUAUCUUGAAGACAAAAAUAUAUAUGAAAUGAACACACUUCAAAAGGCUCUCAGAAUUCUGGAUUCUGAAAUACAGCCCAAAAAAAUGCCACCUGAAGCCUCUCCUGAAUACCGCAAAGGUUUGGCACUAGCUUUAUUCUACAAGUUUGUGCUGAGCAUGUCCCCUGAGAGCUUGAAACCAAACCUGAGAAGUGGGGGUGAAAUGUUAAAGAGGCCACUUUCUUCUGGAAAACAGGAAUAUGACACAAAGAAGGAAUUGUGGCCAUUAGGAAAACCAGUAUCAAAACUUGAAGCUCUGUCUCAAUGUUCUGGAGAAGCAAAAUAUGUAAAUGAUGUGCUCACCAUACCAGAUGAAUUGUACUGUGCAUUUGCUGUUACAUCUAUUGCAAAUGGUCACAUAAAAGAUACAGAUCCCAGUGAUGCCUUGGCUGUUCCUGGGGUGGUGGCAUAUUAUGAUGCAAAAGACAUUCCAGGAAAGAACAGCUUUUACCCAAAAUCUUUCUUCAGUUUUACUGAGGAGGAGAUAUUUUGCUCUGGAAAUGUAAAGUACAAUGGACAACCAGUAGGAAUGAUUGUGGCAGAGUCACAUGAUAUUGCUGUUGAAGCUGCCAAAUUGGUGAAAAUAAAUUAUGAUGUUGUUAACAAACCCAUUGUUCACUUAAGAGAUGCGCUUAAAUCUGGAGAAAAGAGCAGGGUUAUGGUGAUUGGUGAAACUAAGCCAACUGAUCCUGAAAAAAGAAAAAAGACAAAACAUGUGAUUAAAGGCAGCUUUGACAUUGGCACUCAGUAUCACUACACAAUGGAAACACAAUGUGCUGUGUGCAUUCCAAUAGAAGAUGGUAUGGAUGUUUAUCCUGCUACACAGUGGAUGGAUGAGACUCAGAUAGCAAUAUCAGAAGUUCUUAAAAUGCCAGAAAACAGCAUAAAUGUCCAGGUGAGAAGACUUGGUGGAGCCUAUGGUGCUAAAAUUUCACGGAACAUGUUGGUUAGCACAGCCUGUGCUCUAGCAGCACAUCUUCAGAACAGGCCAGUUCGCUUCAUUCUUCCACUUGAAACAAACAUGGAAUCAAUAGGAAAAAGACAUGACUGUGCUAUAGAUUAUGAAGUUGGAGUGGAGGAUGAUGGAACCAUAACAUACAUGGAAGCAAACAUGUACCAUAACUGUGGGAAUUCAGCCAAUGAUGCUCCUGCUCUUUUUGCCCUUGGCCAUCUAGAGAACUGCUAUGACAAAAGUACAUGGAAAGUGACAGCUAGUGCUGUCUUCACAGAUUUACCAAACAACACAUGGUGUAGAGCUCCAGGUUCUGCUGAAGGUACUGCAUUCAUUGAAAACAUUAUGGACCAUAUUGCAAAAGAACUUGGAAAAGAUGCUAUUGAGGUGAGGUUGAAGAACCUGCCCAAAGAUGAUACAAAAAUUGCUGACAUGGUCCCAUAUUGGAAGACUAAAUCAGAUUAUUCUAGUAGGGUAUUGGCUAUUCAAGACUUUAACAAGAAUAACCGCUGGAGAAAAAGAGGGAUUUCAAUUGUCCCUAUGAGAUAUGGAUUUCAGUAUUUUGGUAAUUUUAAUGCAAUAGUGUCAGUUUAUCAUCACGAUGGAACAAUCUCAGUCUCACAUGGAGGAAUUGAAUGUGGACAGGGAAUAAAUACUAAGGUUGCUCAGGUUUGUGCCUAUGCACUUGGAGUGCCACUAGAGUUUGUGAGUGUAAAGCCAAGUAAUGUUCUGACAGCCCCUAACAAUGUAGUCACAGGUGGAAGCAUUGCAAGUGAAGCAUGUGCAUUUGCUACACUGCGUGCUUGUGAAGAACUUUCAAAGCGUUUGGCUCCUAUCAAAGCAAAGCUAAAAGACCCUUCUUGGCAGGAGCUUAUUGCUGCAGCAUAUUCAGCAAAUGUUGAUCUCUGUUCAACAUUUAUGAUGUAUGCUGGGAUCACAGAUGCCCUAAAGCAGUACUACAUUUAUGGAGUAACUGUAGCUGAAGUGGAAGUUGAUGUACUAACAGGACAACAGCAGAUAUUACGUGUAGAUAUACUGGAAGAUGCUGGAGAAAGCAUGAGCCCAGAGAUUGAUAUAGGCCAAGUAGAAGGAGCCUUUGUGAUGGGUCUUGGCUAUUGGUUAAAGGAAUUCAUGGUUUAUGAUGAUGAAACUGGAAAGGCAUUGACAAACAGAACCUGGAAUUACAAACCUCCUGGAGCCAAAGAUAUCCCUAUUGACUUCAGAAUAGAGCUGAGGAAAAAUGCUCCUAAUCCUGUUGGAGUUCUUCGUUCAAAAGCAACUGGUGAACCACCCCUCUGCAUGAGCAUUAGUGCUUUAUUUGCAACACGUGAAGCGGUACUGGCAGCUAGACAAGAUUCAGGUCACUCUGGCAAGUGGUUUGAGAUGAAUCCUCCUGCUACCCCAGAAAAAGUUUUCCUUACCAGCCUGACAAGCUACAAGCAGUUUGAACUUUAAAAACUUACAAAAUAACAUGCAGUAACAAUGGAGAGGGAGUUGAAUGGUUGCAGUAAGAACACUCCUCAUGAUAAUAUGAGGCACACUGAAAAAGCAAGAGCUACUUGAUUUAUAUAUGCUCAUUAGAAAAAGUUUUCACUGGAGAUUUGAGUUCCCUACAAACCUACUUCACAUUUCCACUCUAAAGGCCAGUCACUUAUAAACACUUUCAUAACAUAGCACUAGCCUCUUAAACCCCACUGCAUAGAAUAUCUCCACCUAGAAGUUGAACCAGUUGACAGUGGUGGUAUUGAGCUCCUCAUCAUCUUUAGAUCACUGUUUCAUGUGCAAGAAAUAUGACAGUUUCUGAGAGAAAACUUGGAACUGUAGGAUGGGUGAUUGAAAUGUUCUUAAUAGAAAAGCUUCCCUAAGCCAUUGAUUUUAGAUGAUACAUAAGAAUUUUUGCAAUAACAUUAACUGUAACUGAGUGGUUUAGUGCAAUAAAGUCCUAGCCCAUCUGGAAUUGGUGUUAACUGAAUGCUGGUAUUUAGCAGAGAUGUAAGCUUUAUAAAAUAUGAGAACAAAGUUUCUUGUGAUGACAUUCUUGUAUAAAACAUUCUCAGAUUUCUUGUCAUGUAAGUUCUUGGUAAAAUGUCAAGCUUUCUAUAGUUACCACCUUAGUCUUCAUCAGGGGCAAUCAGUUGCUUCUGAUGAAGAAUGAUGCUUGUAAUCAUAGAAAGCUUGAGGUUUUAUAUGCAUAACUGAAAUGGCAAAAAUGUUUUACAAAAUAUGAUUUUAAGACUCCACAAUCAUCUUGUCUGCAAAAGUUCAGGAGGUAGUGUGAGCCUUUUCGAAAUUAUUCAUAUUUUAUUGUUACCUUCAUAGCUCUCAUGCAUAAAUGUGUAGUGGGCUGUGAUGGUUGUCCACUACCUCGGCAGUGUUGGAUUGUGGCGCUGUUUCAUUGUCAGGAUGUUGGCAAUCAGUAACAUAUAUGAACUACAACAGCCAACUGACACUCUUAGUGGUUAACUGUAGUGGUUACAUACCCUUGGGCAUGUGCUGAUGGCAGUGUAGUGUAGAACUGCUGAAAUGGAUUGCCCAUGGUAGCGUGUAUUCUGGCCAGAUAUUGACUUCAAUUGAAGGCAGGGUGUAUCUGCAUACAAUGAAGCCUGUCAUGAUUCUCACAGCAGAAAACAGGCUCUAGCAAUGGGAUCUGUGCCUGCAAGAAAUGGCAUUGUGAUAGUGUGCCUGCUCAAGUACAGGCAGUUGGACAGGUACUCUGCUCUGGACAUGAACUGCGGUCCUCCAAGGCAGUAGACCAGCUAUGGAUGAAUCAAGCCUUAUAUGGUGGCUACCCGUUGGAAGGUACCAAGUCACUGGAGUGGACUUAGUCACAAUACAUCAAAUCUCCAUAUUCUAUCAGCAAAACUUUCCAUCACUUCACUGUGUUUCUUUGUUUUCCAGUUAACUGCUAACAGGAAACCUUUUGCUAUUUUGUUUCUUGUAGCAUUCUGAAGGUCCUGUUUUAAAACUUAAAAAAUCUGUGCCUUUUUUUAAACCUUCUGUACAUCUCAAAAAAGGCAUUUUCUCACCUGUCAACCUCAAUGUUGCCAUUUGCAAUAGCCAACCAUCCACCCAACCUACAAUCUUUGCUGCUGCUUCCAGGUCGUGCAAGAAAUACACCACACCCUUUUUGGCUUGCCAGAAAAGGGAGUAAUUAAAUUAGUGGGAGCUAAUCUGUUAGGGGACUAGUCGGCUUGGUCAAUAUCUCCCUUUCCUUCUUAACUGAUAGUCACCUAUGCAACUCUUAUUAUUUCCUGACAACUGUGCAAUCUAGUUAGCCAGCAGCUCAAUCACUUCCAGAUGGGAAACACCCUGUGUCCCGAACCGUGCCAGUGUAGAACCUUUAUUCACAAUACACAGCCAAUAACAACACAAACCAAUAAUUUAUUCACUCAUAACCAUAGCAUACUGACUCACACCCUAAGCAUAAUCAUUAACCACUGAUUCCGUACACUGGCUAACACUAUGGCCAUAAUGGUGGCACUUAAAACACUCCACUGGUACAGACUCACAAUGUGAGGCACUAUGCACUAGUAAGUUGCAACAUGAACACCUCACUGGCUGCAAAUAGUGCUCCCUGAUGCUGCCAUGAAAUAGUGAUACAUCAGCUGGUUGUAAUGGUUCACAAACAUAAUCUUCAUAUUCUGAAUCCUGAACUUAGAAACCAUCUCCACCGUAUAUGAAAGUAGGAGAAACAAUGCAGUUAAUUCACUCACCACAUGGACACUGCUAGCUGCAGCAGUGAGGUCAUCAUGCAAACAUCAGCAGUGGUGAUGCUCCAAAGUUCUGAUUGCAACUAUGGUGGGCUGGGAUAGUUAGCCACCACCUUGGCAGGAGUAAACGGAGGUGGUGGGCCACUGUCGGGACAUAGCCACCAUUAUCACAUGUAAACAGCAUCAAUAGCCAACCAUAUUAAGUAGUUUCAAGUUACAACACUCUUGGCAUUGACCCAAAGUGGUUACGCAUCCUGGGCAUGUAUUGAUGGUACUGAGGCCAACAGUUGCUGAGGCAGUGACCAGCUAAUGGCCAUCUUGGUAUCAGUGCAAAGUAGGACCACUGACACAGAAUGCCCACAGUGGCAUGUACACAAGUCUGGUGUGGUUCUACAACUCGGAACAAAGACAGCAUCUAGCAGUGAAGCCUAGCUCUGUGAGUGGCUGCAGUGAAGCCUAGCCCUUUGAGUGGCUGCAUGCAGCAACAGCUCUUCUGCAUAGGUACAGGCCUUUGAUCAGUUGCAUCAAUCUGGACACCAACUGCUGCCAUUUAGGGCAAGAAUUCAGCUGCAGCUGAAGCAAGCUCAAGGUGGCCCACCAGUUGGAAGGCACCAAGUCCUCACGAACAGACUUAGCCACGGCAGUCAGCUUGUCGGUGGUGGAGGUGGUAGCUUGCAAAAUCAAGUCACUCUGUCACCUGGUGUAGACUUCCCAUUGUAGUAUGUACUGCCAAUUGUGAAUAUUUUGGCUAGGAAUUAUGAGUAUUUAUACUGGUUAGGUAGCCAUCUGUUCUGUCAAUACUGCUUCUGUCUAUGUAGAUUGAAACAAGGUGGCAGCCAGUAGGCAUGACAACUAACCCGCCAUUGAUCUGGUUGGCUCACCUGCAAUGUUUCGUGUUACUGCAAGUGGUGUCCCCUGUCCGGUGACCUAGAAACCAACUAGUGGUAUUGCUGCAUCUAAUGCAAUGGUGUUUUGGGUCUGUUAUGCAUCUGGCAUGACACCCAUGGCCCAUUUGCAGUUCAGCAGUACCAGUGGACAAAUGUCAUGAAAUAUGAGGAUCGAUUGUUUUAAAACCCUGUAUCAUGGCUCCAGUACUAUUAUUUCAUUACACAAUGAACUCACAUGAAAUAAAGCCAACUAAUAAAAUGAAAAUGAGAAAACAUGUGUCUCCCAAAUACAAGUUCCUUGGUCCAAAAUGAAAUUUUCACUCUGCAGCAGAGUAUGUGCUGAUAUGACACAUCCUGGCAGAUUAAAACUGAGUGCCAGACUGAGACUCAAACUUGGGACCUCUGCUUUUCAUGGCCAAGGAAGUUUUAUAAGUUUCUAGGAUCACACACACACACACACACACACUUACAUAUGUGCACAAUUACAUAACUUAAUUGUUUAUAUUUAUUCCCAUCAGGGGUACCAAAAUAGUUGAGGGAAGUUAUAGUUAGAUUCUAACUACUUCCUUUCGUACCUUUCUGUGACAAGGCUAGUCAAAGUUUAUGUUAUUGAUGCUUUGCAUCACCGCACAGUCACAAUGGAAUAUUUUUUGGUAGAGUUGUGAUUGAAAGGUCAUUACAAAUCUCCUUUUGUCUCUUUUUGCUAGUGAUUCUACAUUUUGUAUCCCCCUUUUUAGUGUACCGUAGUACCUUUAAUAUAUGUGGGUGAGUUUGUCUGCACCCCUUUGCCCUUGUGUAGAUCUUCAUUCUGCCAGUACUUGUUCCAUUUGCUUCCAGACAUGUUUGUGAUUACAGCAAUUAGCUUCCCAACUGGAAUGUAUCUCUCCUGUAUUCCAUUUGUUGCUGUGUUCUGGCUUGUAAUGAUGCUGUUAUAUAGCUGUACUGAGCCCAGAGAAAGUCUUACCUUCCAAAUAAUCUGUCACCCUGAUGCUAUCAAUGAUGUUUUACCUCAACUAUUUUAUUGUAUGGUCACUCAUAAUUCUCUUGUUGCAGUGGACCUGCUAUGCAAUGCCGCCAACUCUCGCCAUAUGACUUCAUCUGUGUCUGCAGAGGGUCAGGGGCAGGAUGAGAACUAUGUAGUAUUCAAGCUACGAAAUGAAAUAACUGCUUUUUAAAGAAAUCUGUAUUUUCCUGCUCUUAUGCAAAAAUUACAACACUGGAUGAGCACAUCUCUCAUUAGUCAGAACAACAUCUCCAAACAAAAUCACAGAACAGAAUAAAGAGAAUGACAUUUGUCUUCAGCUUCUUUCAACUGUUUCUGGGUGUUAUUAUUGUACACAGUGCCUCUUCUUUUCUUUCUUUCAUGAUGCCAAAGCAUAAGCGACACCUUCACAGCAGAUGGAAAUGGCCAAGUGCCAUUGCACCUUGGUAACAUUCCAUACUCAUGUAUCUCAUGUCAACUCUGUACAUUCUUCAAACCAGCACAUGCACAGUGGAAAGUUCUCUGUAUGCCAACUACUUACACAAAGUUUUUCAUGAGCACCUAUCAUCUAAUCAUGAGGAAGAGGUGUAACAAUGUGUUACACCACAGUUCCUUGCCAGUCAGUCAGCCUUCUCAUUCCCCAUAAUUCUUGCAUGUGCUUUGGACUAUAGAAAUGAGACUACUGCUCUAUUUAACCAGAGUUCUGAUAUAGUAGGAACUUUUUUGGUAUGGCACUUAGCAGCUUCCUUUGUUUCUAUCAAUUGAUGAUUGUGUUUGCACUGCAGAGAGGGAGUCCAUUAUUAUUAUAUGUUCUUCUUGGAUCAUGAUACUGUAUCUUAAUAUGCUUCGAUGGCUAAAAAUUCUACCAGGUAAACUGGCACCUCUUUUGGUCAACUUAUUUGGACCCAAUAGUAGAUACAUGCGCGCACACACACACACACACACACACACACACACACACACACACACACACAUCAUAGCACAACACAUGGUCAUGUCGAAAGCCUUCUGAACUGUUAUGGUUUAUCAGAAUAGUCUGUAUUGAUACUUAAGUCCAUUAUCUUCUUAAUACUUUUGUGCUGUUGCUCAUAAUAGGGUAGCAGAAAUGAUUUUUAAAUGAGAUCCUGAAACUUGCUAGGAGUUGAAAAUACCUCAUCAAUGAUAGUGUUUAUUUGUGGACAGAACAUUGGCUGGUGUAGCAUAUUGUUUUAAGGUCGCAGAUUUUAUUUAUGAGCUUAUUCACAAAGCAUUAUUGGUGUUUCAAAAUAAAUUUCCUGCUGCAGUAGUUUCUGAGUAGUUGAUAAAGGUGCUUCCACUGUUUCGAAUAAUGUGUUUGUCAGAGUGGAUCUUGAUUUUUCUGAAGAUUAUGAUACAUGGGAGGUGGCAACUGCAUUAGGUACUCAAUGUCUCUGUAUUUAGACUAGUGAGUUGACUGCCUAGGGGCAUUUUGCUGGAAACAGUACUGGGUAUUUUCCCCCUUUUCGUAGACUAAUUUUUCUUCUAUAACUAUGUCAUUUUACGCUCUACUGGCCUCAACGUUAUCAAAAUUUUAAUAAAACAAGUAAAAAACUGCUUCAGGCAAGUGCCAAGAUGGUUCCUUUGAAAGGGCAAGGCUGACUUCCUUCCCUAAUCUGAUGGGACUGAUGCCCUCGCUGUUUGGUCCCCUUCUCCCCAAAUCAACCACCCAACCAACCAAAACUAGUAAAAUCUUAAAAAUUCUUUGUCCUCAUUUAAAAAACUUUGUAACAUACUUUUCUCUGUGCAACUUCAUGAAUUCAGUCCAUUGUCCACAUAUUGUUAUUCUUUUCUAGCCAAAUCUGUGUUACAUGGAAAGAACAUAUGCGAUGGCACAAGAAACUUAUUUCUCAUAUCCUCAGGCCAUCAGCAAGUAGUACUGUACAACUGUAGUCUGCUUACUGGGAAUUAUUAUUUUGGACAAUGCAUACAUCACUGCAGACUAAUAUUUUAGUUUUGUUUUAGCCCCCUCAGGAAUCAAAUGUAUCACUUUCAGUAGAUGGUUUCUUUGCAGUACACACUUUUCCAUGGGAAGGAAUACACUCUUCUGUUACUGAGAAAAAUUUUAUUCUUGAAUUUAUUUCAGUCAUAGACAUUCUUUCAUACUUUCUUAAAUUUUUUUCCACUAUCACUAUCUCUCUUUAUUUCACUCAAACACAAAUCCUGAAGCAUUUGAGUGUUCCUUGUCAACACAAAAAAUAGUAAUGGAAUGAAUUUCACCACUACUAGGAUCAGUGAUUUUUGAAGCUGUUUUUGUUGAUUGUCCUUAGAAAAACAGUCUAGAUUGCACAAAUCACAUUUAUUGGUGACUACUCUCCAUCUGAAGGUGGACCAUCUUGAGACUGUACUCAAAAGUUAAUGUGUGGAGACAGCUUCACAGAACAGGAAUUGCAGAAGCUGUCAGCUAUUGAGUAGCUGGUCUGUGGAUCCACCUCCACACAUCAGCUUUGGGGCAUGGUCUGAAGAUGGUCUGCCUUUGCACUGCAACUAUUGACCAAUAAAAGUGAUUUGUGUGAUCUAGACUGUUUUUCUACAUACAACUGUGAAAAUUGGUCACUGUUUUCCCAAAAUGUUUCUGAAAGUAUAUUUUUGUUUACUUUCUCUCCAUGUUGAAUGAUUACUGAACCAAAAUCAUGACUUCUGUGAUUUUAUAAAUAAUCAAUAAAUAGUGCUCCAUUCAUGCAAUUUUAUUCUGAGAUACCAACAGUUAAAUACAAAUAAAUGGUUCUUAAUGUUAGAAAAUGCUUCAUAUUAUAAAGGUCUAGUAUAAUGGAAGUAAUGUACACUGAGCAUAAUGGUGAGCUAUUUAACCUAUCAAAAUCAUCAUUUCUUAACAUUACACAAAAAUGUAUAUGUUCACAUUUACAGAUGGGUUUUUUUGGAACCCUCAUAUUAAGAACCAGAUUUGAUCCUAAAUAAAAUACGGGAAAUUUAGCUGUCUCAUUUAGUGUUACCUAGUCAGUGUAUGUUAUUCAUAAUUCAAAACUUUGAUUUUAUUGUUGCUAAAUUUUAAUUGUUUCAUGUCAAACUGCUCAUUGUUGUUAUGUACUGCAACAUAUAUUUCAAUUUAAAAUGUUUUUUAUGGAUUAAUUUGGGGUAGGUCUAUAUCCUUUUUCAUUAAAUUUCAAGUAUAUAAGCUUAUUCUCCUAAAAUAUUUUUCUGAUAGUCUCUUACAUUCUACAGUGACAUCUGUGAUGAUUUCCUGUAAAUAAUUCAGGGAUUCCCAUAAGGGAACAAGUAAAGAAAAAUUAAUGUUUUUACUACUGUUAAAAAAUAAACUAUAUUCUAAAAAUAAAAGCUGCAAAUUAUUAACAAAAAUAUUAGUCUUACCCCUAGCAAAUAAAAAGAAAUAUAUAAAAAUAUAAGGCUGAAGAUGUACUUUAAAUGUAGACAAUAUGUAUUAUUUAUCAUAGCCUUCUUUGUUUCUGAUAUCCUGCAUGCAGUUCUCAGUACUUUACAGAAAGUAUGAACUAUGUAUAACAAUACACUGAGGAGACAAAAGUAAUAUGAUACCUCCUAACAUCAUGUCAGACCUCCUUUUGCCCAGUGUAGUGCAUCAACUCGAUGUGGCAUGGACUCAACAUGUCUGUGGAAGUCCACCGCAGAAAUACAAACCCAAGCUGCCUCUGUAGCCACCCAUAAUUGUGAGUGUUGCCAGUGCAGGAUUUUGUGAAUGAACUGACCUCACAAAAUGUCCCAUAAAUGAUUAAUGGGAUUCAUGUUGGGUGACAAUUCCAUCAUUGCUUGGGAAAAUUAAGUCCAUGAAUGGCUGCAAGUGGUCUCCAAGCAGCUAAAUACAACUAUUUCCAGCCAAUUAUUGUUUCAGUUGGACCAGAGGACCCAGUCCAUUCUAAGUAAACUCAGCUGACAUCAUUAUGGAGGCACCACCAGCUUGCACAGUGCCUUGCUGAUAAUUUGGGUCCAUGGCUUUAAGAAGCCUGCACCACAUUUUAAUGCUGCCAUCAGCUCUUACUAACUGAAAUUGAGACUCAUCUGAGCAGUCAUUUAGGGUCCAACCGAUAUGGCCAUGAGCCCAGGACAGGUGCUGCCUUGCUGUUAGCAAAGGUACUCAUGUAAGUCAUCUGCUGCUAUAGACCAUUAAUGCCAAACUUUGCCACACUGUCCUAACGGAUAUGUUCAUCAUACAUCCCACAUCGAUUUCUAAUGUAAAUCGAUAAUUUAUCAUCAUCAUCAUCAUCAACAUCAAAUCGAUUAUUGAGGACCCUGUAGAUCAUGCACCAAUCUCACAAUGCUCUCAUCAACAUCAUCAAACCGAUGAUUGAGGACCCUGUAGAUCAUGCACCAAUCUCACAAUGCUCCUCCAUAGAUGGUGAUCUUGUGCACUUUGUUUCCAGUUGUCAUGGACUCCUACCUGGCAAAGGUCUUUCUGUAGUUCAUCCUCCCAUCACUUCCUCAGUCUUCCGAUUGGACGGGUACUAUCAGGUCUUCCCAAGAGGUGUCUGGUCUCCUAGCAAUGUGGCCUGCCAAGCUUAUUCUCCACACUUUCAGUUUUUGAACAACGUUCGGUUCCCCAGCUCAUAUAAUUCUUGGUUUUUUUUCUACAUCUUCACGAGCUCCACCCAUGGAUGGGUACAAAGAUCCUUCUCAUAAUAUUUCUUUCGAAGACCAACAAGUUUUCUUCAUCCUUCUUUGUUGUGCUUAGGGUUUCUGUCCCAUACAACAAUACUGGCACUAUCAUGGCAUUGUAUGCUUAAAGUUUGGUCUUGAUUGACAGAUUCUUGGAUGACAUUAUCUGCUUUAGACUGAAAUAAGUUUUAGACCCAUUCACAAUACGUUGGUUUAUUUCCUUAAAUUAUUUUGCCUGUUGAACCACAUACCAAGAUAUUUAAAAUUUUCCACUUUAGUAAAUUUCCAUAUCCUGACCUGUAAUGGGAUGUCAUUAUUGAUACCUCCAUUACCUCGGCCUUUUCCGCAUUUGUCCAUAACCCGAUCUUACAUGCAUUUUGUGCUAGGUCCUCUACAGUUUCCGCCAUCUCUUCCUCUGAUUCUACAAGAACUGCGAUGUCGUCUGCAUAACCCAAUAAAUCUGUCCUACUAUUUAGUGUCACCCCUUUGUUUUCUCUUUUCAUUUCUCGGAUUGCUUUCUCUAGGACCAGAUUAAAUAACAGUGGUGAAAUAACAUCACCUUGUCUCACACUCGUUCUGAUGUGGAAUUCCUUGGACAGCUCCCCUUGGUGUUUGACUUUGGCUGUUGUCUCCACUGUGCACAUCUUGACCAUAUUUAUUAACUUCAUUGGUAUACCAAGCUCUCUCAGGAUGUUGUACAUACUUAAUCUGUGGAUACUGUCAUAAGCCUUUAAGAAGUCCACAAACAUCACCAGAAACUGAUGGUUGAAUUCCGAGCACUUUUGCCAGAUUUGCCUCAUGGUGAAAAUUUGAUUGAUGGUUGAUUGUCCUUCCUGGAAGCCUGCCUGGUGCUCCCUACAACAUCUUUUGCAAAUGGUUUAAGUUUUUCAAGUAUUAUUAAAGAUAGAAAUUUAUAAGGUACACUUAGGAGAGAAAUUCCUCUGUAGUUGUUACAAUUCCUAUUACUGUUCUUUUUAUGCAGUGGGAUAAUGACGGCUGAUUUCCUCUCUUCUGUGAUUUCCUCUUUUCCAAUUAUUCUUUUAUGAGAUUGUAUAGCUCUUCCUGAAGUGUUUCUCCUUCAGUAUCUCUGCCAUAAUCCCAUCAUCUCCAGGUGCUUUAUUAUUAUUUAGUUUCCUCAUUGAUCUUUCUACAUCUUGUUGAGUGACUUGAAUGUUUGCGGCUUCUCCUUCACCCUCUAUAUUAUUCUCAUGUGGAAAGGCACUCUCUGGAUCUUCAGCAUUUAAUAGCUCUUCAAAAUAUCCUCUCCAUGUAUUCAGAAUUUUUUUCUUGUCUGUUAGUAUAUUUCCAUUCUUAUUAUUAGUAAUUAAAGCUUCAUUUCUGUGACUGUUCCUCACAUGUUUCAAAAUCUGAAACAUUUUCCUCCUGUCUAGUAUUGUAUUUCUCUUUUCGAUUUCAUCAAUCAUAUUGUUCAUGAACUUUCUUUUUUCUGUUCCCAGAAUCCUAUUUGUUUCUCUUCUUACGAUCUUCAGUGCUCGUGUUGGACCGCACAUUGUCUGUCCAGCAUGUGCACCACCCUUGUUCUCUUUCUGGCCUCCACAGCUUUUUCACAUGUCUCAUUGAACUAUUUCUUCUUUGUUGUUAGCUUUCUCUCUCCUAGAAUUUCUUCAGCUGCUUCAGUUACAGAAAUCCUUAUUCCUUCCCAUUGUGUGUUAACACUUAUUUCAUUAGUGUAGUCUGAUGCCAAUUCUUCAGACUUGUUAUGCACUUUAAUGUUAUACUGCUGGCAUAUCUCUGGAUCCUUAAGCUUCUCAAUAUCAAACUAUCUCUUGGCCAUGUUGUUCUUUUUCAUUUUAUAGCACAGCUGUAACCGUAAUUUGGCUAUGACUAGGAAGUGGUCUGUGUCUGCAUCUGCUCCUCUGUACAAUCUCACAUCCAUCACACACUUCUUGUGCCUCUCAUCUAUCAGCAGAUGAUCUAUCUGAUUGAUUGUGCUACCAUCUGGGGCAAUACAGGUGCCUUUGUGGAUCUGUUCGUGGGGGAAAGUUGUUGAGCUCACCACAAGAUUCUGACUUAAAAAUGGAUACACAUACAAAAUGAUUUAAAUUUACAAGUUUUUGGAGCCAGUGGCUCCUCCUUCUGGCAAAAGAGUUGAAGAGGAAGGAAGAGGGGUGAAGGAAAAGGACUGGAGAGGUUUAGGGAUAGGAGUACAGUUCAGAAAAGUCACCCAGAAGCCCGCAUCAGGGAGACUUAUUAGACGAGAUGAGAAGGAAAGUCUUUCCCUCUCAUUUCAUCCAGUAAGUCUCCACUGAUCCAGAUUCUGGGUGACUUUUCUGAACUGUACCCCUUUUCCAUAAACCUCUCCAGACCUUUUCCUUCAUCCCUCUUCCUUCCCCUUCAACUCUUCUUCCAGAAGAAGGAGCCACUGGCUCCCAAGGCUUGUAAACAUUAAAUCCUCUUGUGUGUAUGUUUCCUGCCGCCAAUUGGUGAGUAACUUUAUAUCUGUCUAUUUACAUUAUAUGAUCAAUAAUUGAUUAUUUUCGUUGUUACAUUAGUCCACAUCAAUUUCUGUCAUUUUUUCACACCAAGUUGCUUGUCUGUUAGCACUGACAACUCUACAUAAUCUCCGCUGCUCUUGGUUGUCAAGUGAAGGCUGUCAGCCACUGCAUUGUCUGUGGUCAGAGGUAAUACCUGGAAUUUUGUAUUCAUGGUACACUCUUGACACGGUGUGGAUCUAGGAAUAUGGAAUUCUCUAAUGAUUUCUGAAAUGGAAUGUCCUAUGCAUCUAGCUCCAACCACCAUUCCACUUUCAGUGUCUGUUAAUUCCUGUCGUGUGGCCAUAAUUAAAGUAGAAACCAUUUCACAUGAAUCACCUGACUACAAAUGACAGCUCUGUCAAGGUGCUGUAAAUUUAUGCUUUGUGUACAUGAUACUGCCACCAUCUGUAUAUGCACAUAUUUCUAUCUCAUGACUUUUGUCACCUUAAUGUAAUAAAAAAGCAUAAUGGUUCUGGGAUGAUUAAAUUACAGGCAAAAGGAAUUUUGCAAAAUAGAAAAUAGUGAACGAAGGAGAUAGAAAUAGUGAAACACCAUUCAAAAGGUACAUAAUCUGUUUUUAAAACUAGCUGUCCUAUCAAAGGGAAUUAGAUUGAUAAGAUUCACUUAAAUGCUCAUUACUCACUUAAGCACUUUGUGAGAAAAUCAUAGACCACUGAUGUUUUGAGGAAAGUGAAAUAAUUGAUGAAGUGCAGAAACUAAAAAAGAGAUUUAUUUUAUUGACUGUAAAAUUUAGUGGAGGAAGUAUGUCUGUGCAGGCCAUUUUUUUAAAUAGUUGGUACCACCCUCAAGCAAUACAGGAUGUUUCUUUAUUAGCUUUACUUUUGAAAUAAUUUGGAACUGGUGUACAUAAUUUUCUGCCAGAUAAUUUCCUUUUUAUAAAUAAAAUGUUGUUGCUGUUGA